GGGUACACCAUCAUGGGCUACAAUUACCAAUGUUCCAACAGGAAAUCAUAAAAUGCCAAACAGUACAACAGAUAGUGUAGGAAGAUCUCGGAGAUCAAAAGAAGAUUGGCCAGAAAAUACAAGUGCACGUUCAACAACACCAAUUCCAAAUUCUAGUACACACACAAAUCCAUCAACAACGUCACAUUAUAAUUUUAAAAUUGGUAUCUAUGGAUGGCGUAAACGAUGUUUAUAUUUACUAAUACUCGGCUUAUUAAUAAUGGUCAUUAUCAAUUUAGCGUUGACAUUAUGGGUAUUAAAAGUUAUGGAAUUUUCAACGGAAGGCAUGGGUCAAUUACGUAUUGUAACAGGUGGUAUACAAUUAAAUGGACAAGCAAUGGUAUUGGAUGCAUUAAUAGCUAGUACAAUUCGAUCAAGAAAAGGUGUACCAAUCACAAUUGAAUCCAGUAAAAAUUUAACCUUAUCAACGAGGGACAGAAAUGGUUAUUUAUUAAAUAGAUUAAUAUUGGGUAAUGAUCGUCUAGAAUGUCAAACAAGAGGUUUUCGAAUAACAGACGAUAGAGGUGCUGUAAUAUUUUCAGCUGAUCGACGUGAAGUAGUAUUAGGUGCUGAAGUAUUAAAAGUAACGGGUGUUGGUGGUGUUGUGUUUGAAGGCAGUAUACAAACACCAUUAGUUCGUGCAGAAUCCGCCCAUGAUUUAAGAUUAGAAUCACCAACACGUUCAUUAGAAUUACGUGCACCUGUAUCAAUUGCCAUAGAAUCACGUGCUGGUGCAAUUAAAGCACAAUGUUUAACAGAUAUGAAAUUACAAUCUGUUGCUGGCGCAGUACGAUUAGAAGCAGCCAAUGUAUUUAUGCCAAAUUUACCAACAGCAUCAAUUAUUCGUAAUAGUAAUUCUAGAAUGGAUACAUCAUCAUCAGCACGUACAUCAUCAUCUCACUCUGCCACAUCAUCAGGUUCAGCGUCAUCGGCAUCAUCAACCGGUAGUGGGGGUAGCAGCAGCACUAAUAGUGGUUCAUCUACACAAAUAUUUCAAUUAUGUGUUUGUGGUGAUGGUAAAUUGUUUUUGGCACCAUCACAUGGCACAUGCUCUACAGAUGAAGCAAAUCGUGUUUGUCGGUAACAUGGAUUGAUUUAUUGUUUUUGUUAAUUGUAUUUUUUA